CGUGAAAGCAGAAUCCAGCACACACAGAAAUCCGCGGUGUGUUUGGGGAAACUCGUAAAUGACAUAGGAUCAUUUUAACAGUGACGGGACUAUGCGUCAAACCUCUGGCUUUUGUUGAUCGGAUUUUUUCUUUGGAAUAAGGUCUCAGUAAUGUGGCUUCUGUGCUUUCUGCUGGUUAUAUUGACUGGCUGUGCAGACCAGGCUGCAGGGUACAGUAAUGGGAAGGUUAGCAUUGCUUGUGGAGACAUGACUCCUCAGCAUGGCUACGAGUCAAGCCCCUACCCGCCACCAUAUAACAUCACAGUGGACAAAUCAGCAUUCAGCCCAGGCGACCAUAUCACUGUAUCUUUGCGAGUGGCCCCCUCCAGCUCCGCACACUUCAAGGGCUUCCUGAUAGAAGCUAGGGAUGCUGGAAGACCCAGCUCUCCGGCAGUGGGAAGCUUCAUCUUGGUUGACCCGGCUAAGUCCCAGCUCCUACAGUGUGGCCACACUCAGGGAUUUGCGGUGAGCCACAGAGAUAGCUCCAAGAAGAUACAAGUUCAAGCUGUGUGGGAGUCUCCGAAAAACCCUCCAGGACAAGUUCAAUUUUUUGUGACAGUGGUACAGAAGUAUAAGGUGUACUGGGUGAGAAUUGCUGGUCCUGUGGUGUCAGUGAGCGGAGCGACUGCUGUUCCAACCACUAUUACUCCUGCUGAAGUCACCAGCCCUGCUGCUCUGCCCACUGCCUUUAGUUCAGCAGACUGUGGCCGCAGUAAGUCCUGCCUCAGAGACCCACCUGGCUGUCAUCCGGAAUCAGACACCCACUGCUUCUUCCUGUCGUUUCACAGUGAGGAAGGAGGGAUGAGUGUGAUGUUUGAGCUCAGUGGCCCCGCUGAAGGUUAUGUGUCUUUUGCCCUCUCUCAGGACAAAUGGAUGGGGAACGAUGAUGUCUACUUGUGUGUGAAUGAUGGACACAGAGGUACCAUUAAUGCUGCAUAUGUUUCUGGACGAACACACCCUGAGAUGGCACCAGAGGGGGCUCUGCGGGACCAGGCUCUGCGGCUAGCCAAUGGGGUCAUCCAGUGUCGUUUCCGUAGAAAUGUUCUCCUGCCCCAGAUGGAGAACAGGUUUGAUUUAAACCAGAGCUACUUCCUGUUUCUAGCGCAUGGCAGAGCUCAGCAUGGUCCUGACCCCCCAGGUUUGAUCCACAGACACGAGCGCCAGCCACUGAUCUCCACCAAUCGCAUAGUGAUCAGUGGACCUCCAGAAGAUCUGAGUGGCUCCCGCUCUCCCCUGCUCAUCAAGUUCCAUGGUGUGUUAAUGCUGACUGGCUGGAUGUGGAUGGUGAGCACAGCCGUCCUGUUCGCUCGACACUUCAAACACCUCUGCUCACACACAUCGCUGCUCGGACACCAGAUCUGGUUUCAGGUGCAUCGAACCAUGAUGGUAUUGGCAGUGGGCCUUACUGCUGUGGCCUUCACACUGCCUUUCAUAUACAGGGGGGGAUGGAGCAAGCAUGCAGGCUCCCAUCCUUACAUAGGCUGUGCUGUCAUGGCUCUGUCCAUCAUUCAGCCAAUUAUGGCAGUGCUCAGACCAGCUCCACAGUCCCCCCGGAGGAUCUUCUUCAACUGGAUGCAUUUAAUAGCGGGCACAACUGGCCAGCUGCUCGCUGCGGUGUGUAUCUUCCUGGGUGUUGGUCAGCAGGCCCUGCUGCUGCCCAGCCCCUGGUGUCCGGCAGUGCUGACAGGAUGGCUGCUGUGGAUUGUGCUGGCAGACCUGCUGCUUCUGAUCCACUCCCACAGACUCCAGACUGCAGGGCAUGACAGCACUGAAGACAGACAGAGGAUUGUGUCUCCUCAGUUAGAGAGUCAGCGGCAUGGAGAGAUUUCAACAUUCAAGAAGAUUGUGCUGGUGGUGUUCUUACUUGGAAAUACAGGCUUCCAGGUUGCCCUGGUAAAAGCUAUAACAAAUGUAUAAUAUUUCUUUUUGUCAAGUCAUCAUUUGUCACAUAUAACAGUAUCUUGUAAUAUUUCAGUUCUGUUUAUAUAGUUGUAUUACUCUUAACUUGGACAACAACUUGAACACUCUGAUUUACUUAUGACUUCCUUGAACACAUUUUCACAUCACUGCAUCAUUUUUACAAUGUAAAGUUUCUCUGCAAACAUUAAGUUUGUUUAGUUCAGACAUAACAUUUAUUGGCUAAAAUGCCAUUUUUAAUCCAACUAACCUACAUCUUCUCAAAAACGAGUAAUAAUAAAAUAUUUACUGUUACAGUUGUUAUAAGAUCACUUCUUUUGUUUGUAUUGCUGGUUGCAUCUUUCAUUACUUUCUGCAGGCAGACUGAGGUAUCGGUGCUGUAGACAGGAAUAUUGUGGUUUAUUUGUGGCAGGGACACUCGGUUGUAGGGUAUACAAUGUUCAUGUAAACAGAUUGACCUCAAUAAGAAU